AUGGCGCACAAACACAAUCGGCGUCGCAAUCGUCCUCGGUCACGACACAAUAGAUCACUCGUUGAUUUCGAUUCUCUUAGCACAUCUUCCUUGCAUUCGAUGGCAUCAUCGGGAAUCUCCGCCUAUUCCACGCCAGCCAUGAUACCCAAGCCUCCACAAUCGACUCUUACUUCAGUCAACAGUAUUGCUAUCCGUCACUGGCAGAAUCGCUACACAGCCUGGCAAAAUCGGGAUGCGGCACAACGCCGCGAAGCCGCGAGGAUUGAGACCGAACAGCUCAAGAUGUUUGGUGGCGAACCUGGCGACGAUCCGAGUCUCUGUUACAAAAUGAUAGAAGUCUUUGAGGGUAUGGAUUGGAUCAACAGUCUGGAUUGA